GUGCGGUCCGGCGGGUAAGAGGGGUAGCCCGGAGUGCUUUCUGGGGUUCGGGUAGGGGGCGGAGCAGGGGCAGUGCGACCUGGGCCCCGCGGCAUCCCUGCCUCGCGCGGUGCUCUGCGCAGCCCCGCAGGGAGCUCGGACAAAGACCGCGAAGGCCGGGCUGGGCGGGUCCAGCCUUGCCACCGAGUCUGCAGGGGACUGGAGAGGUGGCUGCUGAGAAUAAACACCUAGCACCUCCUGCUGGAGCUCAGGUUGGGAGACAGGUCUUGAUAGCCGUUGACAGAAACGAGGCCAGAGCCCAGAUUUUGGUGCUGUAUGCUUCCCGUGUUCCUGAUGAUGAGGCUUCAGAGGAGCAGAAGUGGUGACUACAGGUCACCUGUGAAGCCUCCUAUCGGAGGUUCCAGCAGUUUCCUCCCAGAAGUGGACAGGCCUGCGGGCUGAGACAGAGAGUUGCUCAGAAAGGAGGCGGAAGUCAUCAUGCCGCAGCGGCUCCUGACCUCCCUGCCCACCGAGGCCAGCACCAGGAUGAAGUUGCACCAUCCACAGAAGGCCGAGGAGGGGCCGCCCCGGUGGGAGGAUGUGACUAAAUUGUUUAAACAAGAAGCUCUACUAUCUCAGGAUACUGAUGUGACCCAGGGAGAAAGUUUAGAGGAUGAAGUGACCCCUGAGCCCCUGACAGCAGAAUCCCAGGAACUGUUAACCUUCAAGGACGUAUCUGUGGACUUCACCCAGGAAGAAUGGAGGCAGCUGGCCCCUGCCCACCAGAAUCUGUAUCGGGAGGUGAUGCUGGAGAACUAUGGCAACCUGGUCUCAGUGGCAGGAUACCAGUUUUCCAAACCUGGUGUGAUUUCCCAGUUGGAGAAAGGAGAAGAACCAUGGCUGAUGGAGGGACAGAUUUUAGGAUAUGCAAGUUCAGGCUUGAAGAAUAAAACAGAAACCAAAGAGUCAACCUUAAAGAAAGGCAUCUCAUGGGAGGAAUUACACCAUGGUCUGAUGACAGAAAGGUCUCCAAGAGGAAGCACCUUGUAUUCUACAUUGGGAAGAAUCUCCAAAUGUGAUAAUUUAGAAAUCAAGCAGGAACAACAAGAAAUGGCUGAAGGGAAGAAAGCUUGCGCUCAGGAGAGAGGCCAAGCAUCUGACAGAUUUGAGAAAGAAAUUAAUGUGAAUUUAAAAGUUAACCCAGGACCAACAAGUCGUUUAAGAAAAAGAGGCCAUAAAUAUGACACAUCUGGAAAAAGAAGUAGAUACAACUUAGAUUUAAUUCAUUGUUCAAGGAGUUACACAAAAAUGAAAACUUUUGAGUGUAAUAUUUGUGAAAAAAUCUUUAAACAGCUCAUUCACCUUACUGAACACAUGAGAAUUCAUACUGGAGAGAAACCUUUCAGAUGUAAGGAAUGUGGAAAGUCCUUUAGUCAAAGUUCAUCCCUUAUUCCACAUCAGAGAAUCCAUACUGGUGAGAAACCUUAUGAAUGUAAGGAAUGUGGGAAAACCUUCAGACAUCCUUCAUCCCUUACUCAACAUGUUAGAAUUCAUACUGGGGAAAAGCCCUAUGAAUGUGGGGUAUGUGAGAAAGCUUUCAGCCAGAGCAUUGGACUGAUCCAACACCUGAGAACUCAUGUUAGAGAGAAACCUUUUAUAUGUAAAGACUGUGGAAAAGCAUUUUUCCAGAUAAGACACCUUAGGCAGCAUGAGAUUAUUCAUACUGGUGUGAAACCCUAUAUUUGCAACGUAUGCAGUAAAACCUUUAGCCAUAGCACAUACCUAACUCAACACCAGAGAACUCAUACUGGAGAAAGACCAUAUAAAUGUAAAGAAUGUGGGAAAGCCUUUAGCCAGAGAAUACACCUUUCUAUCCAUCAAAGAGUCCAUACUGGAGUCAAACCUUAUGAAUGCAGUCAUUGUGGAAAAGCCUUUAGGCAUGAUUCAUCCUUUGCUAAACAUCAGAGAAUUCAUACUGGAGAAAAACCUUAUGAUUGUAAUGAAUGUGGAAAAGCCUUCAGAUGUAGUUCAUCACUUAUUAGACACUGCAAAACACAUUUAAGAAAUACCUUCAGCAAUGAUAUGUGAAACAUACUCAACAUCAAAGACUCUAUAUUGGAGCCAAAGCCUCUAAAUCAGUGGUUCUCAACCUGUGGGUUGUGACCCCUUUGUAACAAUGAAAAUACAUCCUGCGUAUCAGAUAUUUACAUUAUGGUUCAUAACGGUAGCAAAAUUACAGUUAUGAAGUAGCAAUGAAAAUAAUUUUAUGGUUGGGGGGUCACCACAACAUGAAGAACUAUAUUAAAGGGCUGCAGCAUUAGGACGGUUGAGAACCACUGCUCUAAAUCAUCAGUUCCCAACUUUUGGAUUUCAAGAACCAAUAAUUUUAAAAAAUAAUUUGGCACAAUUAUUAAUUUUGGUAUAUUAAAAACCAAUCACCUGCUAUUAGCACUGUUUCAGAAAAUAAUGGGCAUUUUAUUAUUUUAAGAUGUAGGAGAGGCUCAGCACCUGUAGCUCAAGCAGCUAAGGCACCAGCCACAUACACGAGAGCUGGUGGGUUCGAAUCCAGCCCAGGCCUGCCAAACAACAAUGACAAGUACAACCAAAAAAAAAAAAGUCAGGUGUUGUGGCUGGUGCCUGUAGUCCCAGCUACUUGGGAGGCUGAAGCAAGAGAAUCGCUUAAGCCCAGGAGUUGGAGGU